AUGGCCUCGGACCCUCACGACCCCCCUGGCCUCCGCUGGCUCGAAACCCUCAUUCCAGGCAUCUACUUCGCCUCGACUUUCGGCUCACUGAUCACUUUUACAAGUACUGUCGGCAUCUAUGGCUCCCCUCGCCGCUACUAUUCCGAAAUCCAAGUAUUCAUUUCACUUGCCUGGCUCUUCUUCACGCUCUCAUUGGCCCUCGCUACCGUGACGAGCAUGGCGCUCACGUUCCAGCGCCACCACGUCAAAGACGCCUUUGAGCGCGGGUAUAAGUCGUGGCGCGGUGGCGCGGGGAAUCGCACGGCGGGUGAGAGGAGCGUGGUUUUCGGCAUUGUCGUGCUGGGCUGUGGGAUGUGGUUGAUGGUGCUGGUUUGCUUGGCGUUUGUGUUUUUGAGCUUGUCGGUGGCCGCGUAUUGUUUGGCGGUUGGUUGGAUUGCAUUUGUGGUUAGUGCGGCGAUGAUGGUGCUGAGCGUCGUGUUUUGGGUGGUCAUGAAUCAGAAAGACUAG